AUGUGGUAUUUCAAAACAUUUGGGUUCAAGUUUUUCACAGCAGCAUCCGUGUACUGUAGUGUACAUUCUCUUGGAUCUGAUUUGAAAAUCCAACACUGGAACUACAACUGGGAUAAGUCACAUGGUAUACACGAUAAUUCCAAGUUCGAAUUAAAACCAGAUACACUUAACGUAGUAAAACAUCAGCAACCUUAUCAUAAAUUAAUUAUUUUUAUACGUCAUGGACAGUAUCAUUUGAAUAGAAAGAAAUCAGAGGAAAAGGUCCUCACCGAUAUUGGUUGGCGACAAGCUUAUGCUGCAGGUUGUCGACUUAGGGAAAUGGGAAUUAAAAUUGAUCGGAUUAUACACUCAGAUUUAAUCCGUGCUCGACAAACUACAGCUGCUGUUCUAAUUGGCUUACAAAAUAAUGUUGACGAUCUGUUUGAUUCACCAGAAAUUGUUCAACUUGUUAUACCAUAUUCAUCCGAGUUAGAUGAUCCUAAAUCAUACCCUUUUACACAAAAAUCUAACCAAAAAAAUACAAUUUCAAAGUCUAAAUCAAAUUCUUCAGUGAAAAUGCCAAUGAUUGACAAUCCAUAUACGCCUUAUGCGAGUGCUACGUUCGAUUGUCAACUAUCACGUUAUCUUACUGAGGGUCCACCUCCUGUUGCUCCUGUUCCACCAACAUCAUCUACAAAAAAAUCUGAUACUAUUCGUUCAAUAGAAGGUAUUCGUAUUGAUGAUGGAUUUCAAAUACAUUUACAUGGUAAACCAAUUACAAAACAAGGUAUUAUUGCAUAUAAUGGUCCAUUAUAUUGUCCUAAUAAAUGUUGUUCUUUGUUAAAAACUAAUCAUAUUAUAAAUAUGAUUAUAAAAUGUCAUUGUCCAUGUCAUCGUAUUAUAGAAUAUAAACCAAUUGAAACAAUUGUAUUUAUUGGUCAUGCUAAUGUAUUUCGUUAUUGGAUUUGUAAAUUAUUACAAUUACCAAUUGAAGGUUGGUUACGUUUAAGUUUAGGACAUGGUAGUAUUAGUACAUUAAUCAUUACAAAUGAUGAAUUUAUACUUAAUUCUAAUAAAGAUAAUAAUAGGGAUGAUAAUGAUAAAGUGAAAUAUACAAAAAAUUUGAAAUAUGGUUCAAUAGUAACACUUAAUCGUCUUGGAGAUGUUGGUCAUUUACCACCGGAAUUAUUAACACAAUAA